AACAAAACAAUGGCGGCAGAAGCUGCGGUAGGAGCUGCAGUUCAAGUUUUACUUCAAAAUCUGAUCACACUUUCGGAGGAGCAAAUAAGCCUCGUUCGAGAUUUUAAGAAAGACCUGAAAAAGCUAAAAGAGUCUCUCUCUAUGAUUCAAGAUCUCUUGGACGAUGCGGAGAAGAAGCAAAUCACCGAAAAAGCCGUCAAACGCUGGUUGAAGAAGCUUGAAGGUGUCGCCUUCGAUGCCGACAAUGUCUUGGAUGAGCUUAACUAUCGAAACCUCUCCAAGAAAAUCCAGACGCAAUACAAAAUGAAGAAAAAGGCACGUGUGCGAUGCUUCUUCCCGCAAUGCGUUCCCAAUGCACGUCGUCUAAAAAUGGCACGUAAAAUCAAGGAUAUCAAUCAAAAUUUGGAAGAGAUCAACAUGGAGGCAAACAAAUAUGGCCUUCAGAAGACCAUUGCAGGUGCACAUGCUCCGGUUACUGGAUCAUCUGCAGGCCGGGAAACUGAUGCAUUCAGUAUCGAUCCGAUUUUUCUUGGAAGAGAAAAUGACGUGUCUGCAAUUGUGAAGACGAUGACUACUCUUCCGAAUGAUCAAGUACUCUCUAUCCUCUCCAUUGUCGGGAUGGGUGGACUCGGAAAGUCAACGGUGGCUAGACAAGUAUUUGAUCAUGAUGAUAUAAGGACACAUUUCGAUAAGCAUUUAUGGGUGCAUGUUUCUGAAAAGUUCGAUGCCGUGAUUCUUUUCAACAAGAUUCUUACAUUGUUAACAGAGACAAACGUCGAACUUGGAAACAAACAAGCUCUUCUGGAAAAGAUUCAGAAACAUUUGGGAGGUAAAAAAUUUCUACUUGUCCUAGACGAUGUUUGGAAUGAAAAUCAGGAAAUAUGGGACGAUUUUAUUAAUCCCUUGAGAGGAAUUAGUUCCGGGACGGGAAAUGGCAUCAUUGUUACUACGAGAAGUGAAAUUGUUUCUUCCGCUGUGAGAACACUUCCUGUACAUCGAUUAAAAAACUUGCCGGAAGCUGAGUGUUGGUCCAUAAUCAGAGCAAAAGCCUUUAGAGAAGAUAAAAAUAUUCCAUCAGAAUUUGAGACUGUUGGGGUAUCUAUUGCAAGAAGAUGCCAAGGUUUGCCAUUGGCGGCAAAAGUGGUGGGGGCAUUGUUGCGUGAUAAGAAUAUCGAUGAGUGGAUUUCAAUUGAAAAGAAUUGGCUCUCAAAGUCCGGAAGUGAAAAUAAUGUCUCAAAUAUAUUGAAGUUGAGUUAUGAUCAUUUGUCGUCGCCAUCACUCAAGAAGUGUUUUGCGUACUGUUCGACAUUUCCUAAAGGAUUUAACUUGGAAAAGGAAAGGUUGGUUGAGCUUUGGAUGGCAGAGGGAUUUCUUGGAGGAAAUGAUGAUAUGGAGGUUGUGGGCAACAAAUUCUUUAGUCAUCUCCUACAUAACUCAUUGUUACAAGCUGUGAAGAAAGGUAAGUACGACAGGGAAACAUACUAUAACAUGCAUGAUCUUGUUCAUGAUGUAGCAUCAUUUGUUUCAAAUUCAAAGACGGAUAAUGUUUGGGACGAGGCGUACCCUGUUCGGUAUAUCACCCUACAAUCUACUGAUGUUGAAACAAGUCGUAUCCUAAAAGAACAAGCAAGAUAUCUUCGUUCAUUAUAUUUCCAUGGUAAUGUACGUGAUAUCAUGUUGUCAGAUUUCAAAUGCCUGCAUGCUCUAAUUAUCGUCGGAGAUGGUGUUGAAAGCAAUGAUGAAGAGUUGCCAAGUUCACUCGGCGAGCUCAUACAUUUGAGAUGUCUUGACAUUUCAGGCACAAGGAUUAAAUGUUUGCCAGACUCUAUUGGUGAACUCUAUCACUUGCAGACAUUUAGAGCAUGUUAUGCUUUGGAGAAGCUGCCAAAGACAACGAAACACUUGACUGGCUUAAGACAUCUCCACAUUCCUCCAAUAAAAUUACCUCCAGAGAUAGGAAGAUUAACUUCUCUUCGAACACUACCGUACUUUGGAGUCGGCGAUGAAAAUGGUUGUGGAAUUGGUGAGCUUGGAAGCUUGAAGAAUAUCCAGGGGGAACUAUUGAUUCAUAAUCUUGAAAAGGUGCAUAGCAAAGAAGAGGCCGAGAGUGCAAAUUUAUCAAAAAAGCAAGACAUUGUCCACUUAACGCUUAAUUGGAGUAAUGAAAAUAGAGAGGGUGAAAAUUGUGAUGAGAGUGUGUUGGAAGGUCUCCAACCCCAUCCAAAUCUAAGAAGUUUAAUGAUUGCUGGAUUCAGAGGAAAACGUUUUCCGUCAUGGUUUUCGAAUUUGUUCGGGCUUAAUAAUUUGACGAUGAUAAUGAUUGCAGGGUGCAACGAAUGUGAACGAGUCCCGACGCUAGGGCACUUGCCGAAUCUCAAGUCUAUUUUUUUAAGGGGUCUAGACAAUGUGCAAACCAUAGGUUUCUUAUUCUACGGAAUCGAUGACAACUGUAGUAGCACAUCAAGCAGCAGAGUUUCCAAGACGGUGUUUCCUGCACUUGUAAGGCUCGAGUUGCGGGGAAUGCCAAAACUGACGGGAUGGUUAGAAGCGGCAUUGCCAAGUGCAGUAGAGAAUCAAGAAUUGGUGGUAUUUCCUCGCCUCGAAUUCUUGGGGGUCCAUGAUUGCGAGCAACUGAUGAGUGCUCCAAGUCACUUCCCAUGCCUUAAAGAAUUGGUGAUUUCUGACGUAGGCAGCGAAUUACCUUUCGCAAGUAUAUGUGGGAUCAAAUUAAACUCGCUUACAGUGCUCCGAAUCAAUUCAAUUGAUAGAUUGACGUGUCUCCCGGAUUGGUUAUUCAGCAACAAUCAAAAUCUUAGGGAGCUGGAGAUAUUGUAUUGUAACAACUUAACGCGUCUAGUUCCGCGCUUGGAAGGUGCGGGAGUUUCUCUCAGGGAUAUGUUUAUAUCUAAAUGUCCGAAAUUGAGAGAAUUACCAGAUGGUCUACACAGCCUCAAUGCUCUCGAGAAAUUGACUGUAACUGAUUGCCCGAAUCUGGAAACAAUACCUUAUCCACAUGAAAUGAUGGAGUCAUCCCUCGAGACUUUGACACUGACGGGAUUGACGAAUUUAAGGAAUAUGGGAGCGGUGAUUGAGGGGUAUUGUUUGAACAAAAUGCCUCGUCUAUCGUCACUAACUCUUGAUGUUCCGAUGAUGAAUAUGAUCACCACUAAUUCAUCUUCAUUCUCGGAGAUUAAAGCCGGUUCUUCUUCCGGUCAUGGCAGUAGUUUGCGGCAUUUAAGCAUCGGUAGUACAAGAUGUGAUGAGUACUCAAAUUCAUUCGUUGAUGCCAUUUUGAAAGCAUCGGCCAAAUCUCUUAAUACCUUGUCGUUGAAAGGGCAUAAUUGUGACGACCAAAGUAGUGGUUAUCUACCGAGUCAGAUUCAAAAUCUCACUGCUCUUUCUAGGCUGUUCUUACAUGAUUUAGGAAAUAUGCAAGAAUUUCCUGAAUGGUUUGGGAACAACAGCAGCUUUUCGUCAUCUCUACAGCUGUUGCAUAUAAACAACUGCAAGAAGUUGCGACAUUUGCCGUCAAAGGAAGCGAUGCUACGCCUCACCAAAUUAAGUGAAUUAGAUAUCGGUCGUUGUCCACUAUUAAAUAUGAAGAAAAUACGAGAAAGAGAUGAUGAUGAAAAUGAUGAUUCAGAGUGGCCUAAGAUUUCCCAUAUCCCCAAAGUCUAUGUGGAUAGGAAUCAAAUUCCAACUCAUGGUCAGUAAAUGUAGCUAAAGGCAUACAACACAAAUAAGGUCGAGACGAGCAGCGAAAGCCACCCAUUUGUUGAAGAUGAUUGAUUUAUUUGUGUAUCUAUGUUGAACUUAAGAGGUUAAUUUACUUUGAUACUUCAAGUUUGUAACAAUCUAAUUAUUAGCUCCAUAAUGUAGUGAAGAAAUAAUAAACGAUAAAGGAUAUUUUAGUCA